UCUGCUUCGCCCUCUCCUCCUGUCUGCAGGUCCCUGGAUGGCCGUCUGCAGGUCUCCCACAGAAAAGGUUUGCCCCAUGUCAUCUACUGCCGUCUGUGGCGCUGGCCCGACCUGCAGUCCCACCAUGAGCUGCGGGCAGUGGAGCUGUGCGAGUACGCCUUCCACACAAAGAAGGAUGAAGUGUGUGUCAACCCGUACCACUAUCAAAGAGUAGAGACACCAGUACUCCCACCUGUGCUGGUGCCCAGACACACAGAAAUCCCCAGUGAGUUCCCGCCUCUGGAUGACUACAGCCAUUCAAUCCCAGAAAACACCAACUUCCCUGCUGGUAUUGAGCCCCAGAGCAACUACAUACCAGAAACGCCACCACCGGGCUACCUCAGUGAGGAUGGAGAGACGGAUCACCAGAUGACCCACAGCAUGGACACAAGCUCCCCAAACCUGUCACCUAACCCUGUUUCACCCACACACAGCAACUUAGACCUUCAACCAGUGACAUACUGCGAGCCGGCCUUCUGGUGCUCUAUUUCAUACUACGAGUUGAACCAGCGAGUAGGUGAGACCUUCCACGCCUCACAGCCCUCGCUGACAGUGGAUGGCUUCACGGACCCCUCCAACUCUGAGCGUUUCUGCCUGGGCCUGCUGUCCAACGUCAACCGCAACGCAGCUGUGGAAUUAACGCGCAGACAUAUUGGCCGUGGUGUGCGGCUGUAUUACAUCGGAGGAGAAGUGUUUGCUGAGUGUCUCAGCGACAGCGCCAUCUUUGUCCAGAGCCCCAACUGUAACCAGCGCUACGGCUGGCACCCCGCCACAGUCUGCAAGAUCCCUCCAGGUAUGUGCUGCACUGACAGAAUACAUUUUCUC